AUGCGUUGUCUUGCCAGCCUGGCCCUGGCCCUGCUCGCCCUGAAGGCUGCCCUGAGGCUGGCCCCGGCCCUCCCCUUGCCAGGCGUGUGCCCAGAGCUCAGCUCCUCCUCCGAGGAUUCCUGCACAAUCUCCUGUGUCAACGAUGAGAACUGUCCCCAAGACACCAGGUGCUGCACCAGGAGCCCCUGCAGCUGAUCCUGCGUGGUCCCCCUCAUAGUACCUGUUCCAAAGGCUGGCUGCUGUCCCCGGGUGCAGGCCCUGCUGGCCCCAAAGCUCUGCUUAGAGAGAAACGAGUGCUCCAGGGAUGACCAAUGUAUGGAGAACCAGAAGUGCUGCUUCAGCUCAUGUGCCAUGAGGUGUGUGGUCCCCGCCACAGGUCCCUGA